CAAAUUUUUAUUCAGCACUCACUUUCGCUCGCUUUUAAGAAAUCCCAUCUUCGAUAAAACUCCGAAUUCCUUCGUUAUAUUUAGCAAUGGCGCCAAAGGCCGAGAAGAAGCCCGCCGAGAAGAAGCCAGCGGCGGAGGAGAAGAAGGCCGAGAAAGCUCCGGCGGAGAAGAAGCCAAGAGCCGAGAAGAAGCUUCCCAAAGACGCCUCCGAUAAGAAAAAGAAGAGAGCCAAGAAGAGCAUUGAGACUUACAAGAUCUACAUCUUCAAAGUUCUCAAGCAAGUUCAUCCUGAUAUCGGAAUCUCCAGUAAAGCCAUGGGGAUUAUGAACAGCUUCAUCAACGACAUUUUUGAAAAGCUCGCUCAGGAAUCCUCAAAGCUCGCUCGCUACAACAAGAAGCCGACUAUCACCUCUCGGGAGAUCCAAACGGCGGUGCGCCUUGUUCUUCCUGGCUCCCUUGAUGACUUUGAUAUGCCUGAGUUCUCAUCAGUUACGAUUCAGCAGGAUCUAUUUUAUGGUUACGAUAUACUAACGAAGAAUAUAUCAGAUUGUUCCCACAUAGGUUUUUCUCGUCAUGAGGUUACAAGGAGGUGGGACCGGGCAAAACCUUUACAUUUCAAGUUGGAUUCUAAUGGUCCCUGGGGAUUUUCUGGAGCAAAUAGGGGUAACCCAAGGAUUAGUGCCAAGUUUAUCGCAUUCAAGAAACAAGGUGGGAAACGGUGGUCACAAGUGACCAGAGGGACCCAAGCACGUUAGACUUGAGACUUGAAAAAAAAGUCAUCUGACGUAAAAUUGGCAACACCCUACUGAAUUUACCGGCAACUGUUUCUACAUACUUUCCUUUUGUUUAAUUGCUAAACACUACGAAUCCCUUGUAAACAAAUUCUUAUAGGUAAUAUGGAUUUGCUCCUUCAAUGUGCCAAUGGGUCCUGGAAAGAUUCGUUCAUCAUAUAAAGGAGCCUUAUAAAACAUUUCAACCUGUGCAAACGCUCCUAAUUGGUGCAACUGUUGUUUCUGCGGCCACCAUCGGUAUCCCUUCUACUUUACAGAUAUGUAUUCUUCUCGCCAGUCUCGCACUUGCAAGCGUCGUCUUUGCUUACGCUUUGUUUGAACUCCAAAACAAUUUUGUUAACUGACUAUGUUCGUGCGGAGAUUGAUUAGAAGAUACCAUUAAAGAUUGAGAGAGAGAAGUUGUUUAGAGAAAGUUGGAUUUUAACCAAGUAAUGUAUAGUUUUUCAAAGGUAACAUAGCUGAACAGUUCAAAACAAAAUUAAAUAUGAAUAUAUAUCUUUUCCUUUUUUUUUA